AUGCUUGGAUUUGCUGUUCUUUUGUCGCUCGCUAACUUUGCCCUUGCAGCUCCUUCCAGCUGUCUCUGCAAGCCAAUGCUUCUUUCUGGUAUCAGCCAUGAAGAUUACCGGAUAAACUCGUGCUCUGGCGUUGACGAAAGCGAAUAUUUUUCUUGUACUGCUCCAGGAAACGUUUCACAAGAAUCAUGCUGUUACGAGAAUUUUGGUGUUAUCAUGCAAACACAGUUCUGGGACUACAACAAGGAUGCCAGGAACAAUAAAAGAAGUGAAGCAGCCAACGUCUUUACUAUUCACGGUCUUUGGGACGAUCUAUGUGACGGUUCUUACAACCAAUACUGUCGUCCAGAGCUCGAAUUUGCUGACUCAGACAGUUUGGAAGAUAUCAUUGUCAAUGAUUUUGGUCGCAAGGACUUAUAUGAUGUCAUGUCGAAGUACUGGGUCAACACUGACGAUUCCAAUGUCAAGAACGGUGGAUCUGAAACACUUUGGGAGCACGAGUACAACAAACACGGUACUUGUUUUAAUACUCUUCGUCCUGAAUGCUUCAGCGGUGACUACAAAAAGCACGAAAAUGCCAUUGCGUAUUUCCAAAAGACCGUUGAGGUCUGGGAGACUUUACCAACGUAUCUCUUCCUCGAAAACGCUGGAAUCACUCCUUCUGCUGACAAGCCAUACGCUUUGAAGGACAUUGAAGCCGCCUUGGCCCAUGGCCAUUCUGGAAGCAAGGUCUAUGUCGGCUGCAGAGACGGCAAUCUCUCUGAGAUCUGGUACUACUACCAUGUUAAAGGUAAUGUUCUUGAUGGAGAGUACAAGCCAAUUGACUCGCUUGGAGAGACCCAUUGUCCAAAGGACGUGUGGUACCUUCCAAAGUAA